AUGUUCAAGAAAGACAUCUCCGCGGGCUCCAAGUCCAAAGUAAAGUCCUCCGCACAGCGCGCCAUACGCCAGAAAGUCUUGGACACAUACCCAGCUCUUGAACCAUAUAUCGACGAUAUACUGCCCAAGAAAGAGCAAUUAGACUUGGUGAAGCUCCCUGACCGUUGCUCUCUGUACACACUUGGCCCGCGCCCUCUCUUCUUCCAACAUAUGGACGAUGCGCUCCUCCCACACCUUACUCUCGUGCACAAAUACCCACAGUGUUUCUCUAAGCUCCGUAUCGACCGUGGCGCUAUCCGCUUCGUACUGUCAGGUGCCUCGCUGAUGGUUCCGGGUCUAACAUCUCCUGGUGGACGAUUACCGGGUGAGGCGGUCGCGGACGGUGGUUCGGAUUUCAGGUACGGCAAGGAGGAGCUGGACGAGGGAGACGUCGUGGUGAUUGAGGCGGAGGGGAAAGAAACGGCUUGUUUUGUGGGUCAGCUCGCAAUGGGAACGGCCGAUAUGAAGACGAAGAAAAAGGGCCAGGCUUGUAGAGCAGGUCAUUACCUAGGGGAUGGAUUGUGGAACCUGGGUUUGGAUUGA